AUGGGCCUUGGGGGCAGGAAAGAGAGCGAUCAUGCCUUCCUGUGUCGUCAAGCGUCAAGAACACAGGCAGGUACUGACCAAGGAAUCCCCCAUUCUGAUGCGCUUCUCUCACGCACUCCCCCGUGGUCUACCAAGGCAAGGACUAAGGAAGGCACGGCGCCCCUCGAUUAUCGGUACCUGCCUUUCUUACCACUCAUUGGAUCUGUAGGUAAUAGACCUGCGUCCGCUGCUGAAUCCCCCCUUCCCAAGUUCCAUGUCUUCAUCUCUUCACACCAUUCAGUAAUCAUCACCACCUUGCUUGCGCCAUCCAGCCUGGCAAGAAUAGGAACAAUCUCCUGUCGGCGCAACUACAGAGUAGCAAAUCUCGAAUUGCAUUACACUGCGCACUGCACUGACCUCAUCCCGAUCCCCCGCCCAUCUUACCUUCACCUCCACUGGCAUAAUUACACAUUACGGAUACAAUACACUCUUCCAAUUGUGGUCGCGGUCCCAAGUCCACCCAUCCAAUCCAAUCCACGACUGCCCAGCUUCAGCUCCAGACUCGAGCUCUCAAUCGUUUGCACUUGCUUGACCGUAAUUAUCUGCACACUUGCACUUUUACUUGCGCUUCUUCUGCCCGCAACGCACCAGUGCCAUUCCCUGUUUCUUUCCCAGUACACGACCCGCAUCUGGCCCUUUCUCUGCUCGUCCCGCCUGGGUCCUUUCUCACCCUCACUUAAUUACACCAUCUCCUCCCCUCGUCGACAUUUCGGCCAAAAUCCUACCGUCGCCCGUCCAGUCCUUCCUGUCCUCGUCCUUGUCCUCAGACUUGCGCGGGUCACGGACACAAGACCCUCCACUCUCUACUUACUCCAGUACCUGACCUCCCCACGCGGCCACGCCUCUUCGUCCGAUCUCACUUUACCACCGCCCGACUGGAAACUCUUCCUUCCGUUCGACCAUCCGUCCGACGUUUGGCUUGCGGUCCUCCCAUUCAAUUUCUCCUUCGUCUGUAGGAAAGCAUCUUGCGCCUGCUCUUUUUUCCGACUGCGUCUGCGUCUGUGCCUACUACGCCUACGCCAACGCCUACGCCUCUUCACUGCUGACGCUGCCGUUCCACGAGAAUAG